AUGGUUUCCCCGCCUCGUCCUGCACUUGCAAUCGGACCUGAAAAUUAUAAUCUACUGCGCAAAUUCGAGGGUAGGUUGGCUAAUAUAAAGAAAUAUAGUAGAGUUAAAAAAGAAGACAUUGGGGCACAUGUGCCCAGGAAACGCAAACAAAUGAGUGACUCAUUGCAACCAACACUACACCAUACCAGUUUUGGCGGACAGUUUCAAGUUGAUGAAGAAAGAACCUAUGAAGAGUGGCAGGAAUCAACUUCAAGUUCAGGUGAACCCGUGAACCCUCACACUGGGAAACUGCCCCCAGACUUUCGAGUCUGGGAGCUUGUGGAGUCAUGGCGUAGUAGUUCCACCAAGGCCAAUACGUUAAAAAUCAGAGUGGUCUCCUACAAUGUUCUUGCUCAAUAUUUGCUGCAAAGCCACCCCUACCUUUAUACCAACUGUAAGCCUAAUAAUCUGAAGUGGCAAGUUAGAGCAUCUAAGCUUUUUAAGGAAAUUGUCCACUUAGCGCCUGAUAUCCUCUGUCUACAAGAAGUACAAGCGUCACAUCUGAAUGGAUUCUAUGCGAAGUUCGAAAGUUUGGGCUACGACGGCCUCUUCAAACAAAAGAGGCAGAGGGACGAUGGCUGCGCUAUUUACGUCAAGAAGUCACAGUUUGAAAUCCAAGACCAGAAUACAGUGGAGUACUUUCAGCCUGAUAUGCCGGUGUUGAAUCGAGAUAACAUAGCACUGAUGGUGAAGCUCGUACCUCGUGGCGCGAGUGGGACUCCCAUUGUGGUAGCCACCACACAUCUCCUGUACAACCCGAAGCGAAGUGACGUCAGACUAGCCCAGAUACAAGUGUUGUUGGCUGAAAUCGACAGAUUUGCGUACUACGAUAAUGGGAAAGAAUGUGGAUACUUACCAAUAAUUUUGACCGGGGAUUUGAAUUCUACGCCUGGAAGUCCAGUUAUUGAUUUAUUGAACCAAGGAUGCGUGAGAGCCUCCUCGUUCCGCGAUGGUAGAUCUGACUGGCGAAAGAUCGGUGUUACUGAUAACUGUCAACAUCUAUCCAUAUAUUUGAACCGGCAGACGGGCGAAGGUUCUGGAACCGACUUUAAUUUGACCAGGAUCUACAACUCGGACUAUUCAAUGUCGCUUCCAGAUGGCAGCAUUAACGACGAAACCUGGGAUUACAACGAGUUGUUCAAUACAGACGAUAUAGGCCACCCCUUACAACUGAAUUCGGUUUAUGACAAUAUAAAGCCGGAUGGCGUCCCGGAGGCUACCACGUUUCAAAACGAGUGGGUUACCGUCGACUACAUAUACUUCAGCAAGCACAGUUCGCUGAAACUGAUAGAACGACUCCGGCUUCCAACGGCGGUUGAGUGCCAGUCUUUGGGAAGUUUGCCGAACGAUAUCUACGGCUCCGAUCACCUCGCGGUGGCUGCGACCUUCGCUUUAACACCACAAACUCCUUAA